AAGAAUUUGCAAAACCCCACACCAUUUUGCUUUUCCCCUCUAAUUUUAUUCCCUUUUUCCUUCAAGUCUUCUCUUUUACAUUAAAAAAACCGUUUCCCCUUUGCAACCCUGUAUGGCUUCCUCAAGCAAAGAGCCGAUCUCCAAUCCCCCAAUCCCCGACGAAGACGAUGAGGAAGAAGACGAUUACGACGAAAUCGAUGAAGAUGAUGAAGAAGAAGAAGAGCGAGAGCGAAGGCCAGUAACUGAAGAAUCUCGAGUGCGUUCCGAUAGGGCUAAAAUGGAGAAUUUAUUCCGGCGGCUGUCGUCUGAGAGAGUGCCUAUAAGAGUCCAUGAUGUGAUUAUCCAAGGGAAUACGAAGACUAAGGAAUCACUUAUUGAGGCCGAAAUGGAAGCCCUAAAAAAUGCAACAACUCUUCAGGAGUUGCUUAAGGCUGCCAGUAUUGCAAAUGCGAGACUUCAACAGCUUGAUAUUUUCGAUUCCGUUAAAAUUACUCUGGAUUCUGGUCCACCGGAGCUGCCUGGGACUACAAAUGUGGUUGUUGAGAUUGUCGAGAGUGAAAAUCCACUUACUGGAAGUGUUGGAGUUUUCUCCAAGCCUGAGGCUAGAGCUUGGUCACUUGAAGGUUCCUUGAAGCUGAAAAACUUGUUUGGUUAUGGGGAUAUAUGGGAUGGGUCUUUGGCCUAUGGCUUGGACCUGACUUCAGAGGUCAGUGCUGGUGUGUCUCUCCCCAGAUUCAAAAAAUUGAUCACCCCUGUGACAGCUCGAUUAUUUCUUCUUUCCCAAGAUUGGCUGAAGUUCUCCUCAUAUAAAGAACGAGCGUUGGGACUUUCUCUUGGCCUACUGUCAUCCAGAAGGCAUGAUUUGUCCUACAGUCUCGCUUGGCGAACCUUGGCUGACCCAUCUCAAAUGUCAUCAAGAGCAGUGAGGAGACAGCUUGGGCAUAGCUUAAUUUCGGCUCUGAAGUAUACAUUCAAAAUUGAUAGGAGAAAUUCUCCUUUAAGACCAACCCGAGGAUAUGCCUUUCUGUCGUCUUCUCAAAUUGGUGGCGUCUUACCAGAUCAUCGGGGGUUACGCUUUCUCCGUCAGGAGUUGGACUUCCGCUAUGCUUUACCUCUGGGAUUUUAUAAUGCUGCUUUCAACAUUGGAAUUUCCGCUGGUGUAACUGUUCCAUGGGGAAGUGGGUUCUUAAGUCAUCCCACCUAUUUACCUGAGAAAUUUUUCCUGGGUGGUAAUUCUUCUCCAGUUUGUGCACUGGGUGGCCCAUCAUCUUUGUUGGGCUUUAAGACCAGGGGAUUGGGCCCUGCUGAACCUAGAAGGCAAGUUACAGAAAAUUCCACUGAUGAGAGCUCUGAUGCAUCUUCUGCAAUGGAUUUCGUGGGAGGAGACCUUGCGGUUACUGCUUUUGCAGACCUUUCUUUUGAUCUACCACUGCGGGUAUUGAGAGAAGCUGGGAUUCAUGGCCAUGCUUUUGCUUGUACCGGAAGCCUGAAUAAAUUGACGGAAAAUGCGUAUAAAGAUCUAUCUUUACAGAAAUUCAAAGAAUCAUUCCGAGCGUCGGCCGGAUUUGGUGUCAUUGUACCGACCAAGCUCUUCCGAAUGGAGGUUAAUUACUGCUAUAUACUGAAGCAGCAAGAGCAUGACCGAGGGAAGACUGGUGUGCAGUUCAGCUUCUCCUCAUCUUUCUAGAAGCUCAACAUUGCAUGUUCUGUUCCCAGUGAAUUGAUACGGCAUGAUUUCCUUCCCCCGUUUCUCUGUUUUGUAUGAGAUGCAAAUUUAGGCGGCCCCAACAAGUGCACUUCAGUUUCAAACUCUGGACAAUUUUUCAAUCCACUGUUACAGGCAAAUAAUUGGUGGCAAGUAUUAGCAUACAUUCAAUACGUUGAUUUUCAAUCCGCUGCCCCAAAAUUCCCCGUUUGUUAUUGGUGAUUCAUUUCUUAUUCUGGGAGUUCACCUUUGAAAUUGAUGUUUUUGAUGUGCUAUACCCUUGUAUCAAGAGGCUCACUCAAUACAGAGGACCAUUAAAAUUUCUUUAACGGGCGACCUUUACGAGUUAUGAUUCGCUUGUAGGAGUCCUUAAAGAGACCUUUUGGAAA